CAGCAGGCUCUGCUUUUUAAGUAUUUCCCUGUGUUUAGUCGUUCUUACUUACUUGUUUGGGAACUCCGUUUAGCUGAGAAGUCGAAGCUUAAAGGAUCAUAAGUCUCACCAUGGAUGCGCAUUCGACAGCCGUUGCCAUCGCAGAUAUGCAACUGGACUGGAAAUGGAAUGUGGACGAGCCAAGAGACGAAUGCGACGGCUCCGAGGCGGGGGGUUGGGGGGAGGACUUGCGGGCCAAGAUGCGCCGCCUGCAGGACGAUCAUGUGUGGAUCCGGCAGCAGAUGACGCACCUCCAGCGCCGCCUGGUGACGCGCCAGUUGGAGAGGCAGAGGCGCCUCUACGAGGCAAGGGAGCACCUGCAGCAACUCCUGCGAGCUCUGCAGGUGAAAUACGGUCGCAAUUGGGGCUUGUAGAGGAGCCUUUGGCUUCGAGUUCGCCUGCCGACCCUCCAAAGUGCAGAGUUCCUGUGACAAACGCUCCAAAUUCAAACGACGUGAAAGGAUGCCGACUGAAUUGCUUACCCAACUUGAGCGUGGGAGAACUUAAAUACACCGAGAUGAUGAAUUGAAUUGUUCAUGAUGUUCUCAAAUUUGGUUGGGUUAACCUAACGCAUUCUGAAUUGCGCUGAAUAAUUUAUUGACGAAUACUUUUACGCCGGAAAUGCAAAAUAUUCUUUUAAACGUGA